AUGCAUGCCCACACCCUACACAACGAACAAAUGGACGAUGAAGGACGCACAGACGAUGCACGGAAUCUGACGGAACACGCUCGAUGCGCCACAGUCCGCACUCGGCGCGCGCUGGGCACGCCACUCGGGAUCUGCAGGCACCUGUGCCGCACACGCGAAUGGUGGGGCCCGCGCAUACCGUCGACGGCUUCCAUGCCUGCGGGAUGUAUCCAUUAUCCUUUCGGCGACGGGCGCUACCCCCAUGUGCAUGCGCGCGGGAGUAUGGGGGACCGUGAUCCGCAGUGCGCAUUAGACGACAUCGCUCGAUGGCCCCCUCGUCUGCAUCAAUCACGAUUCACCAGUCCGUACCUAAUCCGCUUCGAGGCACACAGCCGGUUCCAGCGCCGCUGUCGCGCCGCCCUUCCAGCGUCCUCUCCUCAAUCGCUCUUACGCUCUCAUUGA